AUGGCGACCCCCUACAACCCUGGCGAAUCAUCAGGUCCCCCGCGUAGGCCGGACGUGAAGCGCAAACUUGUAGUAGUCGGUGACGGUGGCUGCGGCAAGACGUGUCUGCUCAUCGUCUAUGCGGAGAACCGCUUCCCGGAGGCAUACAUCCCAACGGUGUUCGAGAACUAUGUCACGCUCGUGAACUUUGAUGGCAAGCUCGUGGAGCUCGCGCUCUGGGAUACGGCCGGUCAGGAGGAGUACGACCGUCUCCGGCCGCUGAGCUACCCAGAAAGCGAUGUGAUCCUGAUCGUGUUCUCCGUCGACUUCCCCGUUUCUCUCGCCAACGUCCAAGACAAGUGGUAUCCGGAAGUGGCACACUUUUGCGAAGGCGUGCCCUUGAUCCUAGUCGCGACGAAGACGGACCUCCGGAGGGACGACCAGACACGCCGGAUGCUCAACGCGCAGGGACAGGUGCCCGUAACGACCGAGCAAGGCGCGAUGGUCGCGCGGGAUAUCGGAGCGAAGUAUAUUGAGUGCUCUGCGAAGACGGGCGACAACGUGCGGGAGGUGUUUAAUCUCGCGCUGAAGGAGAGCAUGCGGGGGCGGUGGGGGAAGAUGGUGAAGCAGCGACGGUGCGUUAUCACAUGA